GUCAAAAAUGCAACCUGAAACUGGAGAACCCGCCACCCGCUCUCUCACAUUCUAUGAACCGCAAUCUCUUUGUUCUUCAGCAUUGACCACCCGUUUUAACAGAAAUGGCUACAGCCAUGGCGGCUAUACACCCACCAAAAGUAACCGCCGGACACAGCCCAUCAUCACCUCUCAAUGAGUUAACCUCCAGUUUUAGCCUCGGGUCGCCAUUAAAGGGCAUCUCUUUACAGAUGCAACCGAGGAGAGGCAGAGGGAGACGUGCUGUUAGCUUGGAAGUAACCUCCGCCGCUUCCGGAAACUCGGCGUCCAAGAGUGGCGGCGGCGGUGGGAGGCUCUAUGUCAAUUUCACUGGAUUCCCUUUCCCUCUCGGCCCUUUCCUCAACCGCCGCACCAUCCGGACUGUGGCUGUUAAAGACUGUAUGUGGUUAUUUGAACAAGAACAAGCACUCGGCUUCAGCAGUGUCUCAACAAACAUCAGAAUGACUGUAAUCAAACUUAAAUCGGGCGGUUUAUGGAUUCAUGCACCAAUUGCUCCAACUAAGGAGUGUAUCCAGCUUGUGAAAGAGUUGGGGUAUCCCGUGGAAUAUAUUGUGUUGCCUACAUUUGCAUAUGAGCACAAAAUAUUCGUUGGCCCAUUCUCGAGAAAGUUUCCUCAGGCUCAAGUAUGGGUAGCACCAAGGCAAUGGAGUUGGCCAUUAAAUCUGCCACUCGAGUUUUUUGGGAUAUUUGGCACCAAGAUCUUAAACGAUGGAGAUCUUUCAACUCCGUGGGCUGAUGAGAUCGAACAGAAAGUUCUUAGUUCUCCAGAAGUUGGUAUUGGACCAUAUGUUGAGGUGGCGUUCUAUCAUAAGCGUUCAAGAACAUUAUUAGUGACAGAUGCUGUAAUAUUUGUUCCUAGGACUCCUCCCGAAUGUAUAAGUAAGGAGUCUCUGCUUGCAUCUGCAAAGAAUGGUUUGGCUGUCAAAAUCCUUAGUAAAGGGAAACAAGUGCCAGAAGAGCCCGUUGUUGACAACAAGAUGAAUCGCCAGAAAGGAUGGGAAAGGAUGGUUCUUCAGAUUCUGUUUCUAGGACCGUCGAAUCUUCUAGAGCCUAAUGCAAGUUUUGGUCAGGUGUCACAGAAACUUAUUGUUUCACCCAUCGUUAAGACAUUGGUAUUCAGCAAAGUUCCGGAAAAGAUUAUUCAUUUACAGUGUUGCUUAUGUGGCCUAACCAGGUUAAGGAUUGGGUCGAUGGCAUAGUGCGGGACUGGAAGUUCAAGAGAAUAAUCCCAGCUCAUUUUUCCGCACCAGUAAAUGCAAGCGGGUCUGAUUUGAUAGCAGCUUUUGCGUUUAUAGACAAGCUGCUUGGUGUUACGAGGCCACCAUCUAUCCCUAUUUUUUUCACAUCAUUGUUGGGUAGAGCAGCAAGCUAUUUUCCUGCAGAUGAUAUGAGGACUUUGUCAUCACUUGAUGACUUCUUAGUCUCUGUUGGAGCUGUUAAGAGAACUGUCUCUGGUCGGAAACAGUGACAGUGUUGUACAUUUUGGUGAUUCUUAUUAUGCAUAAAAAUGCAUAUGCUCAUUUUUUCAUGAAGCAUUUUGUUCACAUAUAAACCUGAAGUUCUGAUGAUAUAUAACGGUUUAUAACCCUUUUUCUAGUUGGUAGAGUCUGUUUGAUAACCCCUAUUUUUAGUUUAUCAGUCUUAUGAGUUAAUGUUUUAUCAAACACGUAAGUUUUGAUUCUGUGCGCUAAAUUGUCUAAUAUCAAAACAAGUAAGGUUGAA